AUGUCUCUUCCUGAAACCAAAUCUCAAACCCUUCUAGAUGCUUGGGAUUUCCAAGGCCGCCCCGCCGAUCGCUCUAAAACCGGUGGAUGGGCCAGCGCCGCCAUGAUUCUCUGUAUUGAGGCGGUCGAGAGACUGACGACGUUAGGUAUCGGCGUUAAUCUGGUGACAUAUUUGACGGGAACUAUGCAUUUAGGCAAUGCAACAGCGGCUAACACCGUUACUAACUUCCUCGGAACUUCUUUCAUGCUCUGUCUCCUCGGUGGCUUCAUCGCCGACACCUUUCUCGGCAGGUACCUAACGAUUGCUAUAUUCGCCGCAAUCCAAGCCACGGGUGUGUCGAUCUUAACCCUCUCAACGAUCAUACCGGGACUUAGACCACCAAGAUGCGACCCAACGACGUCUUCUCAUUGCGUACAAGCCACUGGAAUACAACUGACGGUCCUAUACUUGGCCUUAUACCUCACGGCCCUAGGAACCGGAGGCGUGAAGGCAAGCGUCUCCGGUUUCGGGUCAGACCAAUUUGAUGAGACUGAACCGAAAGAACGGUCACAAAUGACAUAUUUCUUCAACCGUUUCUUCUUUUGUAUCAACGUUGGCUCUCUUUGUGCCGUGACGGUCCUUGUCUACAUACAAGACGAUGUUGGACGCAAAUGGGGUUAUGGCCUUUGCGCGUUAUCAAUCGUGCUUGCACUAAGCGUUUUCUUAGCCGGCACAAACCGCUACCGUUUCAAGAAAUUGAUCGGUAGCCCGAUGACGCAAGUUGCUGCCGUUAUUGUGGCGGCGUGGAGGAAUAGAAAGCUCGAGUUGCCGUCGGAUCCGUCGUAUCUCUACGACCUGGACGAUGUUAUUGCGGCUGAAGGUUCGCUGAAGAGUAAACAAAAGCUGCCGCAUACCAAACAAUUCCGUUCGUUGGACAAGGCAGCAAUAAAGGACCAAGAAGCGGCAAUGACCCAAAACGUAUUCAACAAAUGGACACUUUCAACACUAACCGAUGUUGAGGAAGUGAAACAAAUCGUACGGAUGUUACCAGUUUGGGCAACAUGCAUCCUCUUUUGGACCGUCCAUGCACAACUGACGACAUUAUCGGUCGCACAAUCCGAGACGAUGGACCGUCACAUCGGGAGCUUUGAGAUUCCACCAGCCUCGAUGGCCGUCUUCUAUGUCGGCGGCCUUCUCAUAACCACCGCCCUCUACGACCGGGUGGCCAUUCGCCUUUGCAGAAAGCUAUUCAACUACCCCCAAGGUCUAAGACCACUUCAACGCAUUGGUUUAGGGCUCGUAUUCGCAUCCAUGGCUAUGGCCGUAGCUGCUUUGGUAGAGAUCAAACGUCUUAGAACCGCUCAUUCCCACGGUCCAACAGUCAAAACGCUUCCUCUAGGGUUUUAUCUACUCAUCCCACAAUACCUUAUUGUCGGUAUCGGUGAGGCAUUGAUCUACACAGGACAGUUGGAUUUCUUCUUGAGAGAGUGCCCUAAAGGUAUGAAGACGAUGAGCACAGGUCUAUUGUUGAGCACAUUGGCGCUAGGGUUUUUCUUCAGCUCCGUUCUCGUGACUAUCGUCGAGCAAUUCACCGGGAAAACUCAUCCGUGGAUCGCUGAUGAUCUCAACAAGGGGCGUCUUUACAAUUUCUAUUGGCUUGUGGCCGUACUUGUUGCCUUGAACUUUUGCAUUUUCCUCGUUUUCUCCAAGUGGUACGUUUACAAGGACAAGAGGCUAGCUGAAGUCGGGAUUGAGUUGGAAGAUGAGCCAAAUAUUCCCAUGGGUCAUUAA